AACGUCAUCAAAUACUUCUUUUUUUUUAAAACAAUAUUAAAAAUGGUUCAACAAGUUAUGAAUGAACAGCACGAAGCCCCAGCUUCUAAAUCAACAAUUGGCAUAAUUUAUCCACCCCCAGAGCUCAGAAAUAUUGUUGACAAGACUGCAAGUUUUGUUGCUAGAAAUGGCCCCGAUUUUGAAACAAGGAUUAAAGAGAAUGAAAAAACCAACACUAAAUUUAAUUUCUUGAAUCCUGGGGAUCCUUAUAAUGCUUAUUAUAAAUUUAAGAUUAAUGAGUUUCAACAAAAUAUCCAUCAACAGCCAAAUCAAAAUAAAUUUAGUGGAGGAAUAGAGCUUAAUAAAGCAAAUAUAAAUCAAGAUUUUGUCAGAAAAUUGAUACCAGUAAAAAAAAUUACAUCAAUGUAUGAUGCAAUUGAGGUAGAUAUCCCAAAAGAAGCUCCCCCUGAUUAUGAAUUUGUUGCGGAUCCUCCAUCUAUAUCAGCUCAAGAUUUGGAUAUAGUGAAAUUGACAGCUCAAUUUGUUGCAAGAAAUGGACGACAAUUUUUGAGUAGUUUGAUGCACAGAGAGGCAAGAAAUUUUCAGUUUGAUUUCCUACGCCCACAACACAGUCUUUUUAACUAUUUUACCAAAUUGGUUGAACAAUACACUAAGAUAUUGUUACCAUCUAAAGAUAUCAUAGAUAAAUUGAAUAAAGAAUCCAAUGAUAUUAAAUCAUUGGUGACCGAAAUCAAGAAAAGAGAAUUAUGGAUUAAACAAUGUCAACAAGAGAAGCAAAUGGCCGAGGAUUUAGCAGAAAAAGAAAGAUUGGCCUACGCCCAAAUAGACUGGCACGAUUUUGUUGUGGUGGAAACGGUAGAUUUUAUGCAAAACGAAUCGGGGAAUUUUCCCGCCCCAACCACGCCCGAACAAGUUGGGAUGAGGGUUCUUAUUCAGGAAAGGAUGGAAGAGGAAGAGAGGAAAAAACAUAUGGGGGCUACCCUUCUAUCAACAGAUAGGAAGGAAGGAAAAAUUAGUAAUAAAAGCACCGAGAAAACUAUCGAUUUGGCUCAGAAAAUUAUUGAGGAAGAAAUGGCUGCCGAAAAAGAGGAUUCUAAUAUUGACGGAACGGCUGUGAAUCAGGAAAAGGCUAAAACUUCUCUUGAGAAACAGAGAAUUGCUCCUCCACAAGUCCCAGAACAAUCGACCAAUAAGACAAAUAUUGCUCAGACCAAUUAUCAACCAUCAUCGUCUGAGAUGUAUAGGGAAGAAAGCCGAAAUAAUUUUGUACAGCCCUUGCCAGUUCAGCCUACCCCGGAGAAUAUCAUAAUCAAGAAAAAUUAUGAUCCUAAAACCAUGAAAACGAAUUCUUCUCAUAAAUCAACUGUUGAAUAUUUGAUCUCUCCUAUAACUGGCGAAAAAGUACCGGCUCACAAAAUGCAAGAACAUCUGAGAUUCGGUUUGUUGGACCCUCAAUGGUUGGAACAAAGGGAAAAAACUCUAAAGGAGAAGCGGGAACAGGAAGAAGUUUAUGCCACAGGUAUGUCUAUAGGUUCUAGCCUUAAAAAAUUGGCAGAGAGGCGUACCGAUAUAUUUGGGGCAGGUCAUAAAGAAACUUACAUUGGAAAGAAACUAAACGAAGGUGGAGACGAUAAAACUGGCUGGGAAGGCCAAGUUUUAACAAAGGAGCCAAUGGUCAACGCUUCAGCUAAAUCGAUGGCAUCAGCCCUCUCGGCUUCUAAUACUAUUGGACCUAGCACAUUAGCCACACCCCCUCUCACUUCUCUUCCCAUCCCUAUCUCUUCAUCCCUCACCUCUCUACCUCCUGCACUUCCCUCCCUUUCCCAUUUAUCCCAUCUUACUCCACCCACGUCUUCAUCUGGCUCUUCCCUUUUACUCAAAAAGACUGCCCCAACACCCUCAUUCGGUUUAACUCCUCCUCUUCCCCCAUUUUCCUUGCCUCCCCCACCACCUGGCAUGAUGCCUCCCCCACUUCCAAUUGGAUUUUUAGGGGGCCAAGCGAAAAGACUUAAAAUAGCUGGUGAUGAAAGCUUUCUUAUACCUGAAAACGAAUUUUUGGCAUGCAAUCCGAAUCCCGUACAAAUCAACAUCAAGGUGCCUCUAAUCACAGAUAAAUCUGAAUGGAAACUAAAUGGUCAAACUCUGACGUUUGUUCUUCCACUUACAGAUAAUGUAUCUGUUAUUAAAGCUAAAAUUUAUGAGCUUAAUGGAAUGCCAGCUGGAAAACAGAAGCUUCAGUAUCAAGGCAUUUUCAUCAAAGAUUCCAAUACCUUGGCUUUUUACAAUUUUCUUCAAGAUGCCAAUGUUGAACUCAGUCUUAAGGAGAGAGGUGGACGCAAAAAAUAAAUCAUUGAUCAUAUUUAUAAUAUAAUUAUUACCAUGUUCAUUUCUGACUAAAAUAUUUAAUCUUUUGGAUGCCUCAAAAUUUAUAAAUCGAUUUAGUUUAUAUUAUCAAUAAAAGGGAUAGAUUAUUGUUUAUU